AUGAGAAGGUGGAAAAAGUCGGACGAAAGAACUCCCCUCAUGAUGGAUUCAGACCAAGUAACAUUCCUGAAUAUUUAUAUCUUUGUCCCUUUGUUUCGCUUCCAACGGGUUGCUCUAGGGGUUGGGCCUUUCUCUAAGACUUGCUGAGAAAAGUCCAGUGACCACUUAAGGGGUUUCUCAAGGGCUAUUUUGAGGACACUAUAGGGACCACUAAAUCCGCCUCUAUAAAAGCCACCACUAUACAGCGUCUCAGUGGCCACUGAAGUAGUUUUAGUGGUCUAAUAGUACCGUUUAGACUUCUAAAGAGGCCACUACACUUUAGCCACUCAAGUGGUCGCUAUUUCGACUACUAUAGUAGCCACUGAAACGUCAAAACCCUUGAGUGGUCACUAGAAAUUUACGCAGUUCAACUCAAAUAAAAUUAUUUGAAACUACUUUAGGGGCCACUUAGAAACUCUAACCAAAAUAACCCUUAAAUGACCACUUGGCUUUGUCCGGAGUCCAUUUAAAUGUCCCUUUGUUUUGCUUCCAAGGGGUUGCUUUAGGGGUUUUCUCUGAGAAAUUUAAAAUUUCAACCUCAAAAGAAAGAAUUUUCAACUGCUUCGGGGGCACAUAGAAGCUCUAACCUAAUUUCUCGAUUAUCAACAGAACCCUUAAAGGACUGCUUGGCGUUGUCAGCAGCUUUUCUAGCCUUGAAAGUUUGCUCCAUCAAACUAAUUGGCUUGAAACGACUUUUUUGUGGUUUUGAGCCAGGCAGAACGAACUUUCAAGCCUAAAAAGCUUGUUAUUGCUUUCACAGCCCUCCAGGGAUCACUUGGCUUCAAAACUACCCUCAAGUGACCACUAAAGUGAUUGCGAUUUUGCAGGAUGGUGAAGCAGCCGUGAUGCGGUCGCCGUUUUCGACCCGAAAAUCGUCAUCUCCGGUGACGUCACCGCUCAGCGCGAUGACGUCAUCGGCCUCGUCCUCAUCUACCGUACCUCUCGACAGGGUUACGAUAGCCAUGAACGGCGACGCACACGAGACCGUGCCGCUCUACACUGGCGAUGAUGUUCGUGAUUUUUUUUUUCAUUUUUGCUAAUUUUAGUCGUAUGAGUAAUACACGCAUUGUAUACACACUCCGACAAGUGUAGCUCUUCAAAAAAGAAAAAAAAACUCGAAGGACUGAAAAGAUUUUUCCUUGCUGCGAAGUUGCGUGGGUGGUCAAGUACCUCGGUUUUCGAUCGGUUUAAGUCUGGGUCAGGGAGGAAAAAGUUGUGAAAUAAAGUACUUUUCGGAGGGUUAACAAUGGAUUUUGAUAUUAGGGAUCUUCUUAAUUUAUCUUGGUAAUUUUUUUAAGUCUAUAAUAAUUUUUUUGAACUUAGGUUUCUAUCACGGAAUAUGAUUGCAAAUUUUUUUGGGUCCUCCAAAAAAAUUAAUGAUAAUUAUUUGAACUUCCUUGAAUCAAUAUUGUGAGCCUUAUUGGAUUAAAAACUGAAAUUUUGCUAAUUUUUGAAAUUUGAACAGUUUUUCAACGCGAAAAAUCUGUUAAAAUCAUUUUUUUUUCAAUAUGUGUACUUCUCGAAUUGGAGGGUUAUUGCAAUAUCCUGACAUUUUUUUCAAUAAAUUCUAGACUGAAAACAGCGAAAUCAAGUAGUUUUAUGGAUUUUUUUCAUUUAAAAAAAUUUUUUUUUAUGAAUUCGCUCGGGGUAAAUUUUGUAAGCCCGACGUUGAAUAUAGAAGUUAAAUUUUUACAAAUUUUAAGAAAAAUCAAACUUCCAGAAGUUAAAUAUCGUUUUUUUAUAAUUUCAAGCUCAUUCUCUGGACAAAUCUAAACUUCACUGGAAGUUAUUGAACUUUGAAAAUCUUAUUAAAAAAAUUGAAAAAAAUACGAUUUUAUGUGUUUUUUUCCAUGCAAAUUGAAAGAAAAAAAUAUCCCCUCUCUUCCUUCCAAAAUGAGCAUUUUCAACUACAAACUUCCCAAAAUCCUGAAAAAAACUUCCUGAAUCCCUUUCCCGAGACGUGUCCUUCUUCAAUACGACACACACUUUUUUUGGCUUCGCCUUAAUCUAAUUGAAUAAAUACGAACGGAUUAGAACGUUGUAGAAAUAUGGGAAAAAUAAAUAAACUGAUCAAUAGUUUGAGCUUUUAAGAUUAUACCUUCGAAUAUUAUACUUUGGGGGCUGGAAUUUGCAAAUUUAACACGGAUUAUCAUGACUAUAAAUGGUGGUUUUGAAAGGAAAGGGGUAUAUUCGUGUUCACAAAAUAAAAAAUGUCAGAACCUCUCGAAAUUUCAACAAAAAAGUAAUGAUAAAAAUUUUUUUGCACUAAAUUAUGUUCAAAAUUUCGUGCUGCGGUUGUAAAGGCUCAUAAUCUUUGCAAAAGCGUUUCGAGACCUUUUUUUAAACUGGACUAUGCUCCUUUAAUAGCCAGGUUGUUGGACAAACUAUAUAUUUAUUCAUUUCUUCUUUUAUUAUCAACUCUUUCUUGCAACAAAGUUCAAACUAUAUAUGAAAUGACCAAUUGUACAAUCUUUCGCCUGGCAUUUGUCAUUCCAAUCCGAUAAUUAGCAUCGCAAUUAAAACUGCUUCCUUAAUUAGUCACACUGAUUAGCGUGGGGACAAUCUCUCGCGAGAAUUUAUUCGUAUCAAUUGACGUUUGGCGUAAAUCCCGCUGCACUUUGCUGGAUUUUAUUCAGUCUGAGCUCUUGCAAAUUAAUUCCUUUUUAUCAACUUCCUUCCCCGCAAAGUAGAAUUUGCAGCUGUUUUAGAUUAUUUAGAGUGUAGUCUAUUCGAAAAAGCUUGCUAUUAAAGGCGCAUGGACUUAUUUUUAAAAAGAAAUCGAAGCGAAGCAUUUUUGAGUGUUCUUUCGGGUCAUUCAAGACUUCAGCCCACUGUAGAAAAUAAGCCUGAAUGAAAUGAAGCUUGCUAUUAAAGGCGCAUAGACCUAACUCAUUAGAGGCUUCUACGCUCUUCAAAAAAUAAUCCUGAAUGGAAUGAAUUUCAAAUUUUGAGGAUAAAAACUUGGUAAAACCUCUACAAUGCGAAAUCCCAGUAGGAAUCAGACACAUUAAUUUUGUUGGAGAAAAAAAAAACUGACCAAAUAAAAUUCAAGUAAAUCUUGACUGGGCAAAAAAAAAAGACCAAAUCAAUUUGAUUCCUAUGACUCAGCUUCAAAAUAAAUUUUCCAAUCUUUCUACUUUUUUUUAAUAAACGAUUAUUCAUGUAUUUACUCGUCUUAAAGCCUAAUAAAUACAAAGAAUCUAGCGAAAAAUUUCGAGAUAAUUAAAAAUAAAAUAAAAAUGAUAAUCGCCAAAAAAUGUGACCUACCACAGCCGUCGCCACAGACGAGAAACAGGCGCGAAAAAAAAGGCUAAAUCAAAAUUUCGUGAAAUCAUCUCUUUUUUUUGUUCCGUUGCUCUUUUAAUCCGAUCAGUGAUUCAUAUUUACAUAUUUUGCGUCAAAGAACUGUUCGUAAACAUUCCUUUUUACUGUUCUGUCCUCGUUUUAUUUUUUCUCUUCGUGUUUUCUUAAUUCUUUGCUUUGAAAACAAUUCUCUGUCAUUUGAUUUAAAAUCCCUGAUCCGCUUUUGAUUAAUUAAGCUUAAUGAAAAUUAUUAAAUUUUUUUCAAAUUUUUUUCAAAUUUUCGAAGCUCGAAAUUAAAUUUGCAUGGGGUUUGAAAAAAAGGCUUAAAAAAAUCAGUCACAAACCUUGCGAACUUCGAUCGAAUUAUCUGAUAAUUAUUCAGCUAUCAAGUAUAUAACGUCGUACUUAUCUAUGAAAUUUUUAUAUUAAAAAAAAAAUCAAAAAUUAAAUAAUAAAAAAAACGUGAACGUGAAAUAUAUGCGCGUGAAUUUUGUCGUUUUAUUCGCGGUCGGUAACUGCACGAAACAAUAAAAACUACGCGCAAAGUUCACGGCUCUGGUCAAUAAUUUUUUUUUCUGCAUUUAUUAAUUUUAACUGUUAGUAAUUGUUGACUAAUUACACUCACGUGUUGAACACUGUUUUGAUGGUGUUUCUAAAUGUAGAAGUGCUAACUAAAGAGCUAAUUGUUUUAUCAAUUAGUUGGUAUUUGCAGGCGCCAGUAGCGACGGAAGCGGUGUCGCGGUGCGAGACGUCGUUGUCGCGGAAGUUCUCGACGGCCUGGCGGAGGGUCCGAAAUAUGUACCGACGGAAGGUCCGGAUCCUCAUCUUCAUCAUAACAUGGCUCCAGGUGAGGGAUGAAAAUAAGUGAAAUAAGGGAUUAUUGGUCUUUUUGAACUUCCAAACAAAUGACUUUUGACUUUUUUUUUUCAUUUAUUUGAUUACUUGUACCUUAUAACUUUGAAACUCAAUUUUAAUAUCUAAAUUUCAGCUCGGAAGUGUGAUGAAUUGCGUGGACGUGUUCUCAUUCACCAUGGUUUACAUGGAGAAAAAUGCGACCGAGGCGAAACCUGAGGUUUUUUUUCCGUUUUUAUUAAUAAUUCAUGACAAGAAAUAUUUCCAGAUGUACAUUUAUUCAAUGGAAGAGAAAUCGAGUCUGAUUUCUGCGAUGGCGAUCGGCUCACUGAUUGGAAUGUACCCGCAGAACAAACUUUUGCAACUUUAUGGCGCCCGGCCCGUUCUGAGUAUAGCAGGUUUAUUAAUUUAUUGAUUAAAAAGUUCAAUUGAAAGUUUAUAAAUUUCGAAAAAGAAAGAUUGAUUUUUAAAACUUUUUCAUUUGAAGAAAAAUGCUCAUCUGUGCUCAAUUUUUAUGAAUUUUCGAAACUUUUCAUCAUUUUUUCUUCUGAAUGUUUUUUUACACUGUCCAAAAAUACAAUCUAUCAAUUUUGAAUGUAAACAAGACCAAAAAACCACGGAAUUUUAAGCCCCUCGAAACAAAUUUUUUUUUGGACUUUUGAGCUGUUUUUCUUCUCAAUUUUUGUUUAGAAAAUCAAGUCUAAAUGACCUUUUUGCUUGGAUUUUUUGAUGAUAUUCAAUAUUUUGUAUUUUGAGGGGUACUAUGUGCAAUAACGACGGCAUUCCUGCCCUGGGCCCUCGACAAAAGUUACUACGCCGCAUUUGUUUUCCGCGUCAUUCAGGUUCCUUUUUAGGGAAUUUUGAAGCAAAAAAUUCGAUUUUUCAGGGUGUUCUGUAUUCGGCAGACUUUGGAGUGGUUGGGUACGUCUGCGCCAAAUGGUCGCCGUUGAACGAGGUUUUUUUUUCUCAAUAAAAAGGAGAUUCAUAGGUUUUAGUGUUGAAAAUAAGCUAAUUUAAGGUCUAUUUUCACUUUUGGAAUUAUAAAUUUAAUGGGAAACGUAGUUAAAUUGAAGGAGGAUGGCUGGAAAAAUGGUUUUUUAAAAAAUAAUUUUCAGAUAAACUAAAGAAGUUUGGAACUCUUAUGAAUUUUUGUAAAAAGUUUUCAAUAAUUCUUAAUCUUCAAAAAUUAUUAGAACAUGUUCAAGAAAUCCCACGUUCAUUCGAGCUCAGAUUAACCAACUUCUAGAUAUAUUUACACUCCUGGAAUAAUCAGUUUAAUGAAAAAAAUUGAUAAUUUUGAAGGGAUAUGGUUGGAAAUUUGGUUUUUUUCAUUAUUUUAAGAUCAACUAGGAAAAAAAUUUGAACGCUUGUAUAAUUUAUCUAAAUGAAUAUGCUGAAGGUUAAAAAAAAAUGUUUACUUGUUAGUAUAAAUCCUAGGAUUUUUAUUGUUGAGAUUAACCAAGUUAUAACUUUAUAUUCACUUCUGAAAACAUCUAUUUAAUGGAAAAAGAGUUAAAUUUGAAAAAAGAUGGCUGAAAUUUGGCUCUUUCCAUAGCUUUGGAGUCAACUAGGGUAACUUUGAAUACUUAUAAACUUGUAGAAAUGAAUUUCAAUCACUAUGCAGUGUUUUAAAAUUUUUAUUAUGAAUGCUAAAAUUUUAUUGUUGUGAUUAACCAACUUCUAGGCCUUUUUCAUUUCUGAAACCGUAAGUUUCAUAAGAAAAAUGGUUGAUUUGAAGGAAGAUGGCUGGAAAUUUGGCUUUUUUCAUAAUUUUGGGAUACCGUUGAAUACAUUUGAACACUUUUCAACUUGUAGAAUCGAUUUUCAAUCAAAAAGCUGGGAAAAAAAUUAGAAUGAAGCCUAGAAUCGUAUAUUCCCGAUUGACCAACUUCUAGGUCUUUUUUCAAUCCAGGAAGCAUACAAUUAAUUUUUAAAAAGUGGUUAUUUUAAGGAAGAUUAUUGGAAAUUUGACUUUUUUCUUGAUUUUUGGGUCAAUUGGGGCAACUUUUUGAACGUAUUAAAUAGUUUUCAAUUUUUCUUAACCUUCAAAAAUUGUUAAAAUAAGUUUAAGACUUCUAGGGCGCUCUGGUUGACCAACUUCUAGUUAUACAAUCACUCCUGGAAUAAUUAGUUCAAUAGGAAAAGUUGUUAAUUUACGGGAAGAUGGCUGGAAAUUUGGCUUUUUUUAUAAUUUUGGGAUAAUGUAGAAUACAUUUGAACACUUUUCAACCUGUUGAAUUGAUUUUCAAUCAAAAGGCUGAAAAAAAAAUUAAAUUGAAGCCUAGAAUCGUAUUUUCCUGAUUGACCAACUUCUAGGUCUUUUUUCAAUCCAGGAAGCAUAAAAUUAAUUUUAAAAAAAGUGGUUAUUUCAAGAUGGCUGGAAAUUUGGUUUUUUUAUUUUUUUAUAAUUUUGAGGUUAACUAGACUAACUUUGAACACCUAUAAACAUAUAUCAAACUUCCCUAUAAACCUAUAAACUUGUCUCGAUUAAAAAAAACAAAAAAUUACAGGUCGGACUUUCGUUGGCCGCCUUGAGUGGAUUCACGGCCUGUAGAGCGGUUAUUCAACUUCCACUGGCUGGAUGGGUCUGUUUUUUUUUUUUUUGAUUUACUCAGGCUUGAUUUUUAGUUAAAAAAUGAGCGCUCCGUGGAUAAAAUAGUCAGGAAAAUGUAGAAAAAUCAGUUCUCGAAUUUUGAAUGAGUGCUUUUUUUCAAGUUUUUUGCGAUGAUACCAUUAGAAAAGUUAGAAUAAUUCAAAAAUCGACUUGAAUUUGAGCAAAAUUUUCCUCUUGGAUUCUUUUUUCAUAGUUUUUCAUUAGUAAUUUCCUUCCAGAUCGUCUCAAGCGACGGCUGGCGAGGGAUUUAUUACGUUUUAUCGCUCAUUCUUCUGGCCGUCACGUUAUUGUGGUAUAUAUUGUACAGGUAAGAAAAAUAGAACAUCAUCUUUUUUCUUUCGAAGAAAAAAAAAUGAAAAUAAUUGAAUUUCCUUGAAACAACCUUUUUUUAAUUUUCCGUACAAAAAAAUAAGUUUACUUACAAAAUUUUUUGUUAGAAACUUAUGAAAACUCUUCAGGUUACGUUAUUUAGUUUAGAUAUCUUAAAAACAGAUUUUUUUCAUUGAGAAACUGGGAAAUUUCCCGAUUUUUCAUGUGAGAACUUCACCAACAACAGAAAAAAAAGAAAAAAAAUUCCAAUGAAAAAAGACUUAAAAUCGAAGUUUCUGCUUAAGGGACCAGCCGGAGAACUACAAACUAGUGACGAGCGAGGAAUUGGCCGUGAUCCAACAAGGAAAGCGGAACGAACCGAGAAAAACAAGUGUUCCCUUCAGGGUACUGUUCUUUUUAUUUUACGGUACCUAUCCGAAUCAUCUGGAGUCUUGAAAAAAUGAAGACAAGUUAAUAUUGGCUGGAUAGUUUGAAUGAAUAGUUUUUUUGCUCAAAUUUAAUAUUUUCUAGACGUUAAUUGGAUUUUUACGAAUUCAAACUUUAAGUGAUGAGUUUUUUUGAAGAAAAAUUUCUUAAUUUUUUUUCUGAUUUAAAUUCAAGAAAAAAAGUCGAUAAUUGUGUAUAAUAAAAAAACAAUGAUUGAUCGAAAGAUUUUUUUCGGUAGGAAUUUUUUUCUUAAAGAAGUUUGAAAUUGCAAAUAGGCUUUUCAUAAGAAAAAAAUGUAUGUCCUGUUUUUUGAAGUUUUGGACCAAAUGUUUUUGGUUUCUUAGGUGUUCAUCAGAUUUUAGGAUUUUAAAAAAAUUAAAAAAAUCAAGUUUAGAGCAUCAAAUUGAGCAUUAAAAACAACUUCAAAAAAACAUUUUUUUUUGGAUUGGUAAUUUCCAAGUAUACUUGAAAGGGAGGUCAUUUUACUUUGCGGUUUGGGAUUUUCUACAAAUUUGCUCAAACAAUCUCUGAACGUCUAGAUGAAAAUCCUUCAAGAUCGCUCCCUGCACAAAUUUCUAGUUUUUGAGAUAUGAUUUUUCUAAUUGCGAAAAAUGAGUUUUAAGCCUAACUUUGCGACCUUUAAAACUGAUUAUCUUGAAAAAUAGAAGCUGACGAGGGUUGCAACUUUGAUGGAUCUUCAUAUAAACCUUCAGAGAUUGUUUGAGCAAAUUUGUAAAAAAUUUCAAGUUCUUCCCAUGUUAGAACCUCCGAAAUUAACAAAAAUUGACCUUUUACAGAAAAUCUUCGCUGAUAGAUACGUUUGGGCGGUCUGGUUCGCUGGAUUUGCCGACAUUUUUGCCUCUUUCGUCUUCCUUGUCUUUGGAGCACAGUACUAUCAUUACCUUGGGUUAGAUGUGCAGGUCAGCCAUUCCAAACAUGAUGAUCUGACUCACAAGGAUUUUUUAGGCGAACGCAUGGUUGAACUCGGUGAAGGGUGUCCUCUUCCUGGUCGUCCGAUUUUUGGUCGGCUUGGGAUCCGACAAAAUAUCGUGGGUAUUACGGUAGCUUGAAGGAUACUGUAGUCUUUUUUGGAAAUUCUGUGAAAAUUUUUAGUGGCCACUAUAGGGUUUUGACGUUUUAGCGGCCACUAUAGUAGUCAAAUUAGUGGCCACUUAAGGAGUUAAAAGUUAGUGGCCACUAUAGAGGUCUAAGUGCUACUACUUGACCACUAAAAAUUUUUGUGGCCACUUAAGGGGUCAAUGGAUCAACAUAACUGGUCCAAUCUGUAUUUUUUGAAAUUAUCGGAGUUACUGGAAGGAAUACUGGAUGAAAAACUACUGAAGUGGCCACUAAAUGGAGAACCUCUAUAGUGACCACUAAAACGAAAAAUAGUGGCCAUUAGAAAGGUGCAUUUAGUGGCCACUUUAGUGUCCUCUCCAAGUAGUCCAUGGCGAGCCUCUAUAAUGGCCACUAAAAAUUUUCCCCGAUUUCAAAAGUUCAGCAUACUUAGUAGCGCCAGAGUGACCCUAAAGGAUCACCUCCAUGGUUCCAAAAAUUACCCCUCUAGGGAUCACUCUGAGCGAUUUCAGCUCUCAACCCCACGAAAAGAACGACUACAACACACCCAAGAUAUUCCUACAGUACCCUCCCUAUUUCCAGAUUCCUCAAAGAGAACACGAAGUUGCGGCUGUGCAACACGAUCGCCCUGCAGCUUCCCGCGGUCUUCCUGAUCAUCCUCGGGUUCCUGCCACGACAUAUACCGUACCUCCACGUCCUGUCCAUCACCAUCUUCCAGGCCCUCUUCGGCUUCAACUGCGGAGGGUUCUACAAAGGCGGGGCUCUCAUCUCAAGGUACUCCAGUGAUCCCUUAAGGGUUCCACGAAGGGUUCUUGCAGACAAUUCUCCUACAUGGUCAUCGGCCAGGUGCAGCUGUUCAAAUCUCUGGCCGUCCUGAUCGAGCCGCUCAUUUUCUCCCUCAUGGUCGCCUCUGCGAAGGAUGAUGGUGUGUUGGGAGGAGGAUUCGCAGUGGGGCGCGUUUGAUGCGAUUUAUUGGCUGCUUGUUUGAUAAGCUAUUGAGAGAGUUUCUGGCCUUUUUUGUGAUAAGGAGAUUAGAAAAAAUUGAUUUUUUAGAUUUUUUUUCGUGACGAAUACGGUCGUUUGAAUGUACCAUAUUCAAAAUGGGCUAUUUUUUCAUUGAUCCAGCUGAAAAUUGGUUCAAAAUAUGACAAUUUUUGUGUUAGAACGUUGUUAAGAGGAAAAAUGCUAUAGUUACCACUUUGGCGUAUAGAAAAGUUGAACGAAUUAUUUUUGAGAAUCCUCGAACAGAAAUUAUCAGAUUUUUGUUUAUUAAAUUCAAGAGUCCUGACCAGUUAGUGAUUGGAAAAAGAAAAAAAAUUGAUAAAUUUGAAAAAUCCCGUUGGCAUUUCCACUCGGACAUUGGUAACGUGAAACAGACGUUUCUGAGAAAUUCUAGGGACCACUUAAGAGGGUUGGGGCUGCUAAAGUGAUCACUUGAACCGCCCCAACACUUGAGGUUGAGGCUGCUAAAGUGGUCACUAGAAAUGCCCCGACACUUGCGUUCUGAUUCUACUUAAGUGAUCACUAGAAAUGCUCCCGGUUUCCGUUAUCAAAGCCCGAGCAAUUUUUCAACCGAAAAAUCCUUUAUCAGUAGAGCGCAUUUCAGCAAAAUACCGUAUGACUGCUUUGAACUGGAGUUAUUUUUAAUCAUGUGUUUCCCCUGCAGAGAGCACCCACUGGGCGGCGUACUUUGCGGUGCACGCCGUCGUCCUGACGAUCGCCAACACGAUCUACCUGUUUCUGGCCAGGUCGGAGCCGUGCGACUUCGUCCGCGUCGUCAACGAAGAGAACCUCGCCGUGCAGGCCGAAAUGAAGUUGGAGAAAACCUCGCAGCCGGCCUGAUUCCGUUCUUUCUUUCAGUGCCAGUCCCGCCGCUUCCUAG